AAAAUGGUGAUAGAUACAAUAAAAUCCGUAUAAAAAUCCCUAGGCAGCGCCGCCCUCAGCUGCAGCUCCUCUACAGUGAUGGCGAUGGCUUCCUCUCAGUUCUUCUACUCCUUCGCAUCCACACUACAAAAGCCUCGCCUCUUCACCGUCACCUGCCGCUCUAUUUCCGCCGAGAAUGGGUUAGUGUCGGUGGAGCGGCCGUGGAAGGUGGCAGACGCCAGGCUGGUGCUGGAGGACGGCUCCGUCUGGCCGGCUAAGUCAUUUGGCGCCUCUGGAACCCAAGUUGGUGAAGUCGUUUUCAAUACAUCUCUAACUGGGUACCAGGAGAUCCUUACAGAUCCUAGCUAUGCUGGCCAAUUUGUUUUGAUGACUAACCCGCAUAUUGGCAAUACUGGUGUUAAUUUUGAUGAUGAAGAGUCGAGGCAAUGCUUCCUAGCAGGACUUGUUAUCCGAAGUUUAAGCAUUAGCACCUCGAACUGGAGAUGCAAGGAAACACUCGGAGAAUAUUUGGCUUCUAGGAAUAUUAUGGGGAUUUAUGAUGUGGACACUCGUGCUAUCACACGUAGAUUGAGGCAAGAUGGAAGCCUUAUUGGUGUGUUGAGCACAGAAGAAUCUAAAACAGAGGAUGAACUGCUGAACAUGUCUCGGACUUGGAAUAUAGUCGGAGUGGAUUUGAUAAGUGGUGUCUCAUGUCAAGCUCCUUAUGAAUGGGUUGACAAAACUGGCUCACAAUGGGAGUUUAAUUCUGAUGGAAGAAACAAAGAGACGUUUCAUGUUGUUGCAUAUGAUUUUGGCAUCAAAAGUAACAUACUCCGACGUCUGGCAUCCUACGGCUGUAAAAUCACCGUGGUUCCUUCAACAUGGCCAGCCUCCGAGACUCUAAAGAUGAAGCCAGAUGGUGUGUUUCUCAGCAAUGGUCCAGGAGAUCCCUCAGCAGUUCCUUACGCUGUUGAAACUGUCAAGGAAAUAAUCGGAAAAGUUCCCGUUUUUGGCAUCUGUAUGGGUCAUCAGUUGCUUGGGCAAGCACUAGGAGGUAAAACCUUCAAGAUGAAGUUCGGUCACCAUGGAGGAAAUCACCCUGUCAGGAAUAUUCGAAAUGGCCGUGUUGAGAUCAGUGCUCAGAAUCACAACUACGCUGUUGAUCCAGAAUCACUUCCUGAAGGUGUUGAGGUUACUCAUGUCAAUCUGAACGAUGGAAGCUGUGCCGGGCUUGCAUUUCCUCAGCAGAAGGUCAUGUCGCUACAGUAUCAUCCCGAAGCUUCCCCUGGACCUCAUGAUUCGGAUCCUGUAUUUGGUGAAUUUGUACGUCUCAUGAAGCAAGAAAAGGCGAGAGCAUGACAAAAUUAGGCAUCAUUAUGUUUUUCUGCUGUUGAGAUGCUGCAAUGUACCUUAUGGGGAUGAAGGAGAAAACAUAUUUAGUUCAAUUUCAAAUGAAGAAACGAAACCUAUUGAAAAUAUUUGUGUAUGUUGAUUUUUGUUGUUUUUAAUAGAAUGAUCUAAAAUUUUGGGCGGCCAAUUUUGGCCAUAACACGAAAGCAUUAAACAAAGAUACAAAAUUAAUGUAUUAUUGUUAGGUCU